GCCGCUGCAUGCAUACACCGGCAGGAGCAGGAAUACACAACAUCCCGUCCCCCGAAGACAUCUGCAAAACUGUAGUUUUCCAGGAAACGGAGAAAUCGUUCCAUGCCCUGGAGCUUGGGGCUAUUGCUGCUUUCCGCUCCGCCUGCGUGGCAGCGCACUCGAGUGCUAAGGAACUGGGGAGGCGGUGCUGGGUGCACGGCAGGGCGGGGAUGAAGAAGCCCGCCUGAAUCUCCCCUCCCGCCUUCCUCUCCCUGCAAUCUCGAUGCCUAAAUUGAAUGGAAAGGCGCAGCGAAGCUUUGGUUCUUCUCACCGCUAUCGCCUUUUUGCUUUUCGGAGGCCUCCGCCGCCGCUGGUCUUCUGGUGAAGCGCCCGAGCCCCAUCAGCCGGCUGUGACCGCCUUUGGAGCAAGCUCCCGUGCAACCCAGCAUGUCUUCAGCCAAACAAAGGAGUAAUAAAGGCGGCGGUUCCUCUCCGUCCGAAAAGGGAGCCCAUUCCAGCCUCCUCGAUGACGUGGCGAAGAAGCACCCGCAGCAGAGCCAGGCUCAUCCCAAGGGCGCCAAGGGGAGCGCCUCGGCGCCUGGCGCGGGGAAAUCCUCCUCCGCCCUGACCCUCGGGAAGGUCUUCAGCGGGCUCUUCUACCUGGCUCUCUUGGCAGUGGCUGGCCUUUCCGGCUGGGGCGCCCAUCGCCUGUGGGAAGAAGUGAGCCACAUCAGCCAAAGGCAAGAAGGCUUCGCGAGGCAGCGAGAGGAGCUGGCCCGCACCUUGGACGGUGUGGACCAAAAGAUACAGUCUCUUCAGUCUGCAGUUGGAGGUUUUGAACUGAUGGUAAAAAACUCUCAGCAAAAACAAGAUGUCACCGAGAAGGCUGUUAGACAGGGGGAGAGCGAGAUCAAUCGCAUCAGCGAGGUUCUCCAGAAACUACAAAAUGAAAUCCUGAAAGACCUGUCUGAUGGCAUCCAUGUUGUGAAAGAUGCCAGAGAACGAGAUUUCACUUCUCUGGAAAACACUGUGGAAGAAAGGCUGACAGAGCUUACGAGGUCCAUAAAUGACAACAUAGCGGAAUUCACCAAUGUCCAAAAACGGAGCCAGGAGGAAAUAAAUGAAGUAAAAGCAAACAUAGCUUUGUUGGGUGAACCUGGGACAUACAAACAUGAACUACAAGCUUUGAAAAGUGUUGUUGAUGAGAUGCAAGCAUCCAUGAGAGCUAAAGAGAAGGUCAUAGAGUCACUGCAAAGCACUAUUGAUUUAAUGGAGUCAGAUGUGUUGUCCGAAGUCAAGGAACUUAUCAACCUCAAACAGGAGCAUGACAAGUUCAAAGAGGCAGCUGACACGGAGCACCUUUCCUUACAAGCUUUGGAAGAAAAGGUACUUAAAGCAGAGGAGGCCAUUGCACGUCUUCCUGAUGAGUUUCAGAGACUCAGUGAAGACUUGCUGCACAUUAAAACCUCUGCUAAUGCACAAGAAAGCUAUAUAGUCCCUGAAGACAUUCUGGAACAAAAGGACAGAUAUGACUCCAGGUUCAGGACCAUAGAAGAGAAACUCCAGGCUUUGAGUUCACCAACUGCCCAGCAUGUAGAAAUGAUGGAAUCUCUUGCCUCCAAGUAUGAGAGCAAGCUGGCUGCUUUGGAAGAAGGUAUUGGCUCUCUCCGGGGUUCUUUAGAAAGUGAUGCGCGUUCACUGACAGAUACUGUAAGGAGUCUGAGUGAAUCUCAGCUCUCUAUGUACAGUGACAUUGAUGAACUACGGAGAAGUAUGAGCGACCUGUCAAACAAUGCUGAUGCACUCAAUAGGAUCCAGAAUGAAGUUCGUGCUCUGCUGGACCAAGAAAAGCCUCCAAUGGAUGUGGGGAAAUCUAAAGAUCACCUAGAACUGUCCUCUCUGAAAGGUUCUGUCGGUGAACUGCGCUCUUCUGUUAAACAGGCUGAAUCUGAUUUAAAGAUGCUCAGAACUGCAGUUGAUAGUUUAGUCGCUUACUCUGUGAAAAUAGAAACCAACGAGAAUGAUGUGCAGUCAGUGAAAACCACAUUGGAUGACUUAAGGAAUGACCUGGACAGGUUGUUUGUGAAAGUAGAAAAAAUACACGAGAAGAUCUAAGUAUCCAGAGCUGAGCGUGUAUAACAAUUGAACUACCAAAAAAAAAAUUGCUUUUAUAGGCCAAAGCUCUCAUGGGGGAUGUGGAAUGACUGAUAGAUCUGAAACAAAGAUCUAUUAGUGUCUCUAGAAAAAAAAAUCAUAACACAGUUCAGCACCUUUUAACAAAAAAUAGCUAGGAUAAAUUAAUUUGGUUCUGCUUCUUAGUAGCGUAGGGGAGAAUGAAGGCAAGUUAUGACUAUUUUUGCCUCAAUCCAGUUCAAGACAUGGGGGUCCCUUAUACAAACGAAUGCCCGUUCAUUUGAGUGGAAGAGGAAAACCUGUGUAUGCAUUUUUUGGUGCAUGUAGCUUUGCUACCAGCAUUGAAAUAGAUGAAAGUAGUUGUUGUAUGCAAGAGCUCUGUGUACAUAAGGCUCUGAAUUUCUCUCUGUGUUUACAGUAGCUGCAGAAAAAGUCUUGUAUGGAGGAAGAUUAUAUAAUCCAAUUUAGGAUUUGGAUCUCCCAGAAUCUGUAAUUAGGCUACAAUAUAUAGCUCUUCUAACAAGAAUUACUGUUUUGUAGCAAAACCAAAGAGCACAUAUUGUUGUACACGUUUCCUUAUCCUGGGGCUUUGAGUGGAUCACAGGGAAUAAGAACCUGCAAUAAAUGAAAGCAUUUUGCCUUCAGCAAACACAACACUACUUUUCAAUUUUUCUUGGGACCACUCACUUUGUGAUAGAUUAAAAUAUGUUUUCUGAAUUUGUGGUUCAUUGCUCCAGAGUUGGAGAGUUGAAACCAGAUAAAUGACAAUAUGCCAUAAAAAGAAGGGUAGGACGGGAUGGUACACAAGAAUUUUCCUUUCCAUACCAUUUUUUAAAACUUCCCCUUGAUAUGCAGCAGUCUAUAGUGUGUAUCACUUUGAGUUCUAUGCUACGCAUCUGAUCUUCUAUCAUUGACUUCAGUAUAACAGAACUGGACCUCAAACUUGAUCAAAUAGUGGAUAUGGAUACUCGUGGAAAGAAUGAGAAACAUUCUAAAUAAUAAUAUGAACCACUGAACUGUACAACUGCCUGGAUCCUUGUUUACCUCCUUUUAGAAAGUUCUGUAUUUUUUUUACUUUGUUUACUGAAAUGUUUAGAGACAUUAGAAAGGAACCCAUAUAUAGAUGGAAGCUUUUUUCUCCCUCCCAAAUGCUUCUGAGAUGUAUGCAGACUUUCCCAAGUUGCUAGAGAUCUGCCCAUGGUGAUUUUUACAAAAGUAGCAGAAACAGUACUUGGGUAAAGGGUGCAAAAUAUGUCAAUGUGUGUGUUCUGAAGAUGCUGCCAAGGGACCGUAAGCCUUAAAAUGAAAAAAAAAAAAAGAUGCACUGUGCUGAGAUAGUGUUAUUUGUCUGUUUGUUUUUGCUGACUUUCCUUUGAGUUUUGGAACAACUGUAGUUGACUGUGAAAUUAAGUUUUUCUCCCACCAAUAUCUGGAAUACCUAAUAAACACUUGGAACUUUACUGGAAAAAAAA